CAACAACGCAUAUUAUUUUUAGCUGCACCAAGGUCAACUGAUUUUCUUAAUCCAAAAUCCAACAACUAAUAACAGCAAACAAAAACGUGCAAACAAUUGUUCUAUGCCAACUUUACUACGUGCAGUCAAGUUUCAUGGCUUGUACCAAAUUCAUCCUCCCAAAAUUCCUAGAAAAACCAGGCCUCAAUCCAGUACCCAGAAAUCAUACAUUCAAACCUUUCAAUCUCCCUUCACCCACAGAACAAAAAUAGAUGGCGAUUCCCGUGCCCAGAAGAAGGCAAUCCAAUAACAAGCUGUCCAAGAAAACAGAGUCCAGCUGCACAGACCUCUGUUCCCUCCACACAAUCUUCCUUCAAACCCUAUCAAGAAUCCCUCUAGCCAUCUUCCUCCUGAUCCUCGUCUACAUUUGGUCUUCUUCCACCACCAUCAUGUCGGGUCACGUCGUCCACCUCUGCGUCUCGUCGCGAAAGCUCAACGAUCUCUACUGCCUCUCUGCCGGCACCCAGCCCCCUGAAUUCGACUUCCCUCUCCUCCCCAACACCUCCUCUGCCUCCUCUUCCAACUCUUCCUCCGCCAUUUUCCCCGACGGUAAUAGUACCACCGCCAAUGGUACUCUUACCGUCGACAUUGCUCCUCCUCCACUCAGCGAAGCUGAGCUAGCCAAUCAAGUCAUACAACAGCACCUCCGCCUCCACCGAUCAUGGGCUUCCAAUUCAUCAUCAUCAUCAUCAACAUCGUCGUGCGACGAAAGAGGGAUCUAUGUAUAUGAUCUGCCAGCAAAGUUCAACAAGGACUUAACCGGUCAAUGUGGAGAAAUGAUGCCAUGGGCAGGGGAGGAUUUCUGCAAGUACUUCUCAAACGGAGGGCUCGGCAACCCAAUCGAAAAGCUCGGUCGAGGCUGGUACGACACUCAUCAAUACUCCCUCGAGCCAAUCUUCCAUUCGAGGAUCUUGAACCAUCCAUGUCGAGUCCACGACGAGGAUCGAGCCAAGCUGUUCUACGUUCCAUACUACGGCGGCCUAGACAUCCUGAGAUGGCACUUCAGGAACGUGUCGAACGACGUGAAGGACACGUUGGGGCUCGACUUGAUGAAAUGGCUCGAGUCGAGGAAGUCAUGGAAAUCGAAAUCCGGUAAGGACCAUGUCUUUGUGCUGGGGAAAAUCUCGUGGGAUUUCAGGAGGCGGCCCGAUUCGGAGUGGGGGACCCGGUUCCUUCAAUUGGACCAGAUGAAGAACCCGAUCAAGCUUAUGAUCGAGAGGCAGCCGUGGGAGGUCAACGACAUUGGAAUCCCACACCCGACUUACUUCCACCCACAUUCGGACGAAGACGUGCUCGCGUGGCAGCUACGUGCAAUGCGAUCUCCACGUAGGAGCCUGGUCAGCUUCGCUGGGGCUGACCGACCCGGUCAGCCCGAGAGCAUCCGGUCGAUUUUGAUCGAGCAGUGUGUCGGUUCGACCGAUCAGGGUCGGUGCAGGUUUCUGAAUUGCAGCCUGGGUGGGUGUGAUCGACCCGAAUCGGUGAUCAAGCUGUUUAUGGAGUCGGAGUUCUGCCUCCAGCCACCAGGGGACAGUCCGACGAGGAAGUCGGUGUUCGAUUCGCUCGUUUCUGGGUGUAUUCCAGUUCUGUUUAGUCCUUUCACGGCGUACUAUCAGUAUCCCUGGCAUUUGCCUGAGGAGCACGAGAAGUACUCGAUGUUUGUGGAUGAGGAAGAGGUGAGGAAGAGGAAUGUGAAUGUGGUGGAGAGGCUGAUGAAGGUUUCGGUUAGGGAGAGGGAAGAUAUGAGGAGGUUUAUAGUGUAUGAAUUGUUGCCUGGGUUGGUCUAUGGAGAUUCUGGGUCUCAGCUUUCCAAGUUUCAGGAUUCGUUUGAUAUUACUGUGAAUAAUCUUAUUGAGAGGGUUAACAGUUUGCUAUGACAGAGGGUUUCAAGGGGUUUGUUUUUUGUUUUGGGUUCUUUUUAUAUUUUGAAGUUGGUUUUGUGAGGGUUUUGGUAGUUUAUUUAGUUGUUUUGGUUGUUAUCUUUGUCUCUGAGUUCAUUGAGAGAAUUGUAUACUAAAGAACUAAAACAAGAGAGGAGUUUUGACAGCAAUGGAAGACAAGGCAAGUCAAGUGCAUUUUAUUUCAAAUUUUAACUGGAGAUAAAGAGUACACUUAGCCGGAGAUAAAGAGUAUACUUGAAAAGAACGAAAUGACAUGAAUCACAAUUAUUUAAUUGAUUAUAAGUAUGAUUAACUAUAAAUAUUAGGCGUAUUCAUUAUUUUUGUUUUAAAAAGUUAUAAGGCAAAUGGCGUAUAUUCGAUGUAAGAUUAACAAAAUAUCCUUUUUGUUAUUAUUACGAUACAUUUUGUGAUUAAGAUUUGUGGAGAAAUUUCUAUGUCAACAGUUUUAACAUUUUUAAAAUUGGCACCACUCUAUUUUCAUAUAACAUUGUGAAACCUUGUUUUAUAAUGUUUGUGAACGUUUCAUUUGCUAUUUUUUAUUUAUGAAUGGUAUUUAUCUAUUAAUCAUCAAAAACCAAGGUACUUUUAUGGCAACACCCCCUGCCACUAAGGAAAACAAACAACACAAACCAACUUUAACCUAUCUGUAAGGAGUCAAGAACUAGCAGCAACAACAAGACCCUAUGCACUCAAAAGAAAGCAACCAAUUCAUCAUCAUCACACACAACCUGCACUUCCUCCUUAAUCAUUUUGUAGGCUUCACUUAGACUCAAAACUGAACCUCCAAACAUGGCCGAACACCUCACUCUCCAAAUGUUACUCAUCAAGGAUUGCCAGAUCACUCUUCCUACCCUUGAAUGAGGAGCAGACUUUGAGAAAGUGUCAAUAGCCCAUUUGAGUUCAGCAGACCAGGAGUUUGAAGAAGUUCGGCUACAGAAUCUGGAAAAUGCCUGGAACAGAUCCUUAUACCUGCAACAUUCUGCAAACAAGUGGUUAUGCGAUUCAAGUCUGCAUUGACAAUAUAUACAUGAUGUGAUC